AUGUCCAAUAGAAAUAACGAAGGUACAUUGCGUACCACGUCAAACAGUAAGGUCACAGCUAGUCAAAGAGAUAAACGGAAGUCCGAAGUUUUAAUCGCUGCACAGUCCCUUGACAAUGAAAUUCGUAGUGUGAAAAAUCUGAAAAGAUUAUCGAUCGGGUCAAUGGAUUUACUUGUCGAUCCGGAAUUAGACAUAAAGUUUGGUGGGGAAUCUAAUGGAAGACGAUCAUGGUCUGGCACGGCAUAUAAUUCUGCUUCAACACCAGGUGGUACAACAAGAAUGAAUAACACACGAUAUAGUGAUCCAACUCCGCUAGAAAACUUGCAUGAGAGAGGUGAUUUAAAGUUAGAAUCCUCUGAUAAGGGUAGACAAAGCAACUACGCAGGUAGUAAAAAAGGCGUUCAUUCAACAUCGAGAAAACUAAAUGCUAACGCGUUAAAGAAGAACUUGUUAUGGGUUCCUGCUAACCAGCACCCCAACGUUAAGCCGGACAAUUACCUUGAACUUGUACAAGAUACUUUGCAAAAUAUACAACUGAAUGGUAGUGAAGAUAAUAAUGAUGACCAAAAUAACGGUAAUAAAAACAGUGGUUCGAAAGUUUAUGAUAAUAAGGAAAACGAUACGGAAAACCUGAACAGGGCUAUGUCAAGGCAUGGUACUGCAUCACUAAUACGAAGGCCCUCAACAUUGCGAAGAUCAUAUACGGAAUUUGAUGACAGUGAGGAUGACAAUGGCGACUCAAAAACUGUAAAUAAAGUCGAGGAAAGAACCUCCAGAAUAAAGGAGAGACCUGUCUCAUUAAGAGAUAUAACCGAAGAACUAACAAAGAUUUCAAACAGUGCGGGACUAACGGAUAAUGAUGCCAUCACGUUAGCCAGGACGCUUAGUAUGGCUGGUUCCUAUUCAGAUAAGAAAGAUGAGGCAGAGCCUAGUAACCAGGAAGGACAUCAUAUAGAAGAGGACAGUAAUGCUAUGACUUCACAAGCGGAACCUUCAGAUGAUGGUGAAUAUGCCUCCAAUAUGCCCAUCAACAAUAAUAUGACAUGGCCUGAACGAUCAUCACUGAGAAGGAGUAGAUUUAACACCUAUCGAAUCAGGCAACAAGAGCAAGAAAAAGAAGUAGAAGAAGAUAAAGAAAAAAUAAAAGAUUACGAAACAGAACAUCAUUUGCCUUUGGCCAACAAUACUUCGAAAACCGCAAUAGAUCCGCAUAAAUCGCCAUUUAGACAACAAGCCGAAGAACCUGAAAGUAUGAGCUCGCCUGGGUCUAUUGGUGAUUUCCAAGACAUCUAUGAUCAUUACAGACAGUCUAGUGGUGAGUGGGAACAGGAAAUGGGAAUAGAGAAGGAAGCCGAAGUAGUGGCCACCAAGUUUGAAAUAGAUUCUUUGGAACAGGACUUAGAGUUAAGGGAGGAGCCUGUGGGCGUAAUCAAGUCAAGCUCUACAGAAGAAAACAAAGAAACCAAACGCCAUCGCAGAAGAAACGGAUGGACAUGGCUGAACAACAAGAUGAAUAGAGACGAUGAUAAUGAAGGAAACCAACGGGACGACGAGAAUGAAGAAAAUAUGGACUCGCAAAGAAUGGAGCGCGAAAAUUCCAAAAGGCAUCAUAUUUCACUAUUCAAUGGCAGCGAGAAGGCAGAGCAAUCGAAUAAAGAGGAAGCAAAUAGUGCGAGUGCACCCACCACCACAUCUCAAACAAGACAGAAGAUUGAGAAAACUUUCGCGAACCUAUUCAGGAGGAAGCCACAUCAUAAGCAUGAAGCAUCGUCAUCGCCAUCGUCAUCGCCAUCGUCAUCACCAUCAUCAAUACCGCUAAUGCCAAAUAAUGAUGCUGUGCACGCUCCUGAAAAGAAAGUCAAGAAAAUUGGCACAAAGAAUGGUAAAGAACCGGUUGAACCCAUUGUGUUGCGUAAUCGUCGUCGUCCUCAACGUAAUCAUCACAGCCGUCGUGGUUCCCGAGAAAUAAGCGUAAAAAUCACUAAAGAUUCCCAGCCACAGUCUCAAUUACAAUCACAGCAGCAACUACAACAGCAGAUACAAUUGCAAUUGAAAAGCGAGAUCAAUGAAAUGGAGAUGAAAAAGAAUGAAGAAAAUGAUUCCGAUAAUUUGCCCAAACUACAGCCUGCAGUUAGUGUAAGCAGCACUAAAAGUAAUUCGAGAGACACAGGCGAAGAAGAGAUAAAGAAACGAAACGAAAAGAGGAGCAAUACUAUAGAACUCUCAAACGAACAACACCGCAAGUACGUCCAGAAGGAGAAGACCCAUGAGCAAAAAGCUCCAUGUCGAUCCCCAAGCCAAGCUCCAAGCCAAGCUCCAGGUCAAUCUCCAAGCCAAGCUCCAAUCGAAACUUCAAUCGAAACUCCAAUCGAAACUCCAAGCGAAACUCCAAGCGAAGCUCCAGCCAAAACUCAGGCGGCCCCACCCUUGAGGCACACAUCCGUAUUACCGCCAAGAAAGCUUACCUUUGCAGAUGUCAAAAAACCUGACAAACCAAAUGCACCUGUUCAGUUCACAGACAGUGCUUUUGGGUUCCCAUUACCUUUGCUGACGGUGUCUACGGUUAUUAUGUUCGACCACCGUUUGCCAAUCAACGUCGAAAGAGCCAUAUAUCGGCUGAGUCACUUGAAACUGAGCAAUUCAAAGAGGGGACUACGUGAGCAAGUGUUACUAAGUAACUUCAUGUACGCUUAUCUGAACUUGGUUAACCACACUCUUUACAUGGAACAAGUGGCUCACGACAAGGAACAACAGAACCAACAACAACAAUGA